AUGAGCGUGGUCGGCUUCGACGUCGGCAACGACACCCUGGUGGCGGCGGCGGCGCGGCAGCGGGGCAUCGACGUGCUCCUCAACGCCGAGUCCAAGCGCGAGUCCCCCGCCGCCGUCGCCUUCUCCCACAACGCGCGCCUCAUCGGCUGCCACGCCGCGUCCGCCUCCUCCGCGCACGCCCCCUUCUCCAGCGUCAAGCGCCUCCUCCUCGGCGCCACGGGGAGGGACCCGGACUCCUCCCUCCUCCGCGACCUGCCCCGCCUCCCCUUCCCCGUCUCCCCCGCCGCCGCCGGUGGCGGUGGCGGCGCCGUCGUCCACGCCGACCACGUCGGCCGCCGCAUCGCGCUCUCCCCGACUCACCUUCUCUCCAUGCUGCUCGCCUACCUCAAGCAGCUCGCGGAGGCCGACCUCGGCGGCGGCCCCGUCGCCGACUGCGUGAUCUCCGUGCCCUGCUACUUCACUCAAGCGCAGCGCCGCGCCUACCUCGACGCCGCCGCCGUCGCGGGGCUCAGGCCGCUCCGCCUCAUGCACGACCUCGCCGCCACCGCGCUUGGCUACGGCCUCUACCGCUCCGACCUCGGCGGCGCCGGGGGCCCCACCUGCGUCGCGUUCGUCGACGUCGGCCAGUGCGACACGCAGGUCGCGGUCGUCUCCUUCGAUGCGUCGGGGAUGAAGGUGCUGUCUCACGGCUUCGAUGCGGACCUCGGGGGCAGGGACUUCGAUGAGGUGCUGUUCGUGCAUUUCGCCGAGGAGUUCAGGGACAGGUACAGGAUUGAUGUCGUGGGGAAUGUGAAGGCCAGUAUGAGGUUGAGGGCAGCGUGUGAGAAGGCGAAGAAGGUUCUGAGCGCGAAUGCGGAGGCCGUGGUGAACAUUGAGUGCCUGAUGGAGGAGAAGGAUGUGAGGGGGGUGAUCCGAAGGGAGGACUUUGAGAAGCUAUGUGCCAGACUGCUGGAGAGGGUUGUUGAGCCUUGCAAGAGGGCGGUGGCAGAUUCAGGGAUUGGACUGGAGAGGCUGCAUUCUGUGGAACUCGUUGGAUCAGGUUCUCGGGUACCUGCCAUUGCCAAGGUGCUUGCGGGAUUCUUCAGAAGGGAACCUAGUCGCACGCUCAAUGCUAGUGAGUGUGUGGCUCGGGGGUGCGCAUUGCAAUGUGCAAUGCUUAGUCCUACAUUCCGUGUUCGGGAAUACGAGGUGCAGGAUGCAAUCUCUGCUUCCAUAGGAUUUUACACUAGUGAUGGCCCAGUUUCAACAUUGUCAAGUGAUGUAUUGUUCCGGAGAGGCCUGCCCUUUCCCAGUGUUAAGAUCAUUACUCUACAGAAGAACGACAGUUUUAGCUUUGAUGCAUAUUAUGCGGAUGCAAAUGAAUUGCCUCCUGGUACCUCAACAGACAUCGGUACUUUUCAGAUUAGCCCAUUCCAAGCACAUACGGAAGCUUCUAAAGUCAAAGUAAAAAUUCGUUUGAAUUUACAUGGUUUGAUUUCAGUCGAAUCUGCUUCUUUGAUAGAUGAUUAUCAAAGGAAUGCCAAUUCUUCUGACAAUAUGGAGGUGGAUACCAGCGGUGAUGACACGGGUCACAAGUCAAGAAGUGAAAGUUCUAUCCAGCGGCAGGAGUUGCCAAUCACUGAGUACAUCUAUGGUGCAAUGAGCAAGCAGGAAUUACUGGAAGCUCAAGAGCAAGAGCAGCUAUUGGUUUAUCAGGAUAAACUUAUGGAACGGACAAAGGACAGGAAGAAUGCAUUAGAAUCUUAUGUAUAUGACACCCGUAACAAGCUCUCUGAGAGGUACCGGAGCUUUGCUACUGAUUCAGAAAGGGAACAAAUCUCAGUUAAUCUACAACAGACUGAAGACUGGCUUUACGAAGAAGGUGAUGAUGAGACAGAAGCGGUUUACAGUAGCAAACUUGAGGAGCUGAAAAAGCUUGUAGAUCCAAUUGAAAAUCGUUGUAAAGAUGACGAAGUGAGAGCUGAAGCCACAAGGGAGCUUUUGAAGUGCAUUGUUGACCACAGAAUGGCUGCCAAGUCAUUAUCCACACCUGAAAGAGAUGCUGUUGACAAUGAGUGCAAUAAAGCUGAGCAGUGGCUAAGGGAGGGGUCCCAACUUCAAGAAUCCUUGCCUAAGAAUGUGGACCCAGUACUUUGGUCCUGUGAAAUCAAGAGAAAGGAAGAAGAGCUGGAUAUGUUCUGUCGAAACAUAGCAAGGUAUAAGGGCUCUCCAGCAAGGACAGAUGGCAGCAGGGGUUCAGAUCACAUGCCAACACCGGAUAGAGAUUAG